CUAACACGUUGCUCAAACGGAGCAAAAUGGCUGGCCGAGGCUUCCUGUUGUUUUUUGCUUGCGUCGCAAGCAUUGUGCUUGCCAGCGCUGCGCCUGUCCGCAACGAUGCGGACUGCGUCUCGUCGCAGUUGCUUCAGGUCUCAGGGCUGAAUGUAUACCCAACUACACAUCAAAUCCAGUCUACAAAGGUGACGAGCGUUCAAGACAAGACCACGAUUCAAGUUGCUCAGAACUUCGAAGUUACCUACUACAGCACGUUUAAGGUCCUGACCAACCUCUACACCUACGCCAAUGAGUCGUACGUGCUGUACCAGUGCGGUACGACACCCCCUGACGUCACGCAGUACGGCCUGCCCGCCAGCACCAAGAUGUUUGCCGUACCGCUGAGGUCCGUGUCCGUCACCGACACCUCCGUCCUCACAUUCAUGAAGCUGCUGGGUGUUGAGAGCCGUGUGUCGUACGUCACGCCCUACGCGGUGGACCCCUGCAUGCAGCAGCUCGCCAGCUCAGCCUGCAACCACACCGACUCCGCCGCCACCUCUGCCACCGUGGACGCCCGGCUGGGUGGCUUCAGCGUCAACAGCAAGGACCCCCUCGCCAUCACCUUCACCGCUACCGCCGACCCCGGCCCGCUCAACCGCGCCGAGUACAUCAAGUACCUGGCGGUGCUGUUCAACCGCGAGUCGGUCGCCAACGCGCAGUUCAACUCCCUGGUCGCCGCGUACGACAACAUCCGCCAGCAGGCGGCCAGCUACAAGAGCAAGACCAACGCCACCUCCCCCCUGGUGGCCUGGCUCUACUACUCGCCCGCCUACCCCUCCUACGGCCUGCCCGAGCAGGUGGACCUCCAAUUCGCCGCAUACCGCAAGCAGUACACCGAGGACGCCGGCGGCCGGCUGCACAACCCCGCCCAGCUGGCCGCUGCCUACGGGGACGGAGCCAACGUUACGCUGGCUGCUGGCGGCACCCAGCUGCGCUUCACCAACCUGAGCUCCUCGCUGGCGGUGCUGCAGCGCAUCCUGAAGGACGUGGACGUGGUGAUUGACGAGUCGUACUCCGCCAACCCCGCCGGCUACACCCUGUCUGACUUCCUGGCCCGCUACGGCCUCACCAACGCCCCCACCACCGAGCUGCGCUUCCUGGCUAACCAGCGGCUGCUGCGGCUGGACGGCUCCGCCUCGCCCGGGGGCUUCACCGCCUGGUACGAGGAGGCGGUGGCGCGGCCGGAUGAGGUCCUCCGCGACCUGGUCUCCGCGCUGCUGCCCGGCGCCCUGCUUGCCGCCGGCGACUCCUCCGCCCCCCGCCUGGUCCGCUCCGUGUUCGCCUCCAACCCCGGCCGGGUGGUGACGGCGACUGCCGGCGAGUGCGGCCUGACGGCGGGGCAGCAGUGCGGCGCCGCGGCCGCCAUCACACCCAUCUGCCCCGCGGUGUACAUUGCCUGCAACGGUUCCCUGGUCGCUGCCACGGCCGAGCAGCCCUGCGCGCCCGCCUCCUGCCCCGUCCCCGUCGUCAGCACCCCGUCUCCUUCGCCUGUGGGCAGCAGCGCCGCUGCGGCCCGCCCGCUGUCAGCUCCACUGCUGCUGCUGGCGGCGCUGCUGUGUGCGAUGAUGGUGGUGAUGGGCGGGGCCAACUGGGCACUGUAGGGGAAGGAGGAGUGUGGAAGUGAAGAGGAGGAAGGAAGAGGAAGGAAGGGGAGGAAGGAAGAAGGAAAGGAAUUAAAUUCUGUGUUUCUCCGGGCGGGCUGUUUAGGAGGUCGUCUGGCCGAAGCGGAAUGGGGUGUAUGUUGUCUUGCUGGAGGUUGCUGGAAUGGAGGGAGCAGGCUGGGAUCCCUGUUAUGUGGCAGGAGGAUAGGUGGUUUGGGGGUAGGUUGGUGUGGGAGUGGGUCUGGGAGGGUAAGAGGUAUUACAUUGCGGUGGGGGUAUACGGUACUGCUGAAUUGACCACAGUGGUGGGCUGUGAAUGUUGCUUGGUGGAAAGGGAGUGAGGGCUAGCAGCAGUCGGUUUGAUCUGGGUUGCUGUGGUCAACUGUGAUCGGGUUUCUCGUGAUCAAUCCGUGUGCUGGCAUCCACUCCAUUGCUAGGCUCCAAAUUUCUCUCAUGGGACUUUGCGUGGGCGAUGCUGUAUCUAUGUUUCAUGCCAAUCUAAGGAGUAAUGCGUUCUUCCCUAUGUUUGCUGCUUUGCCUGCUCUUUGUCCGUUCCUAUGUUCGCAUCCCCUAGCCUGCUUUUGCGUGCACACCUUUUGUGUUCGCAAGCUCUUGGCAGCUGGAGCCUUAAUUAUGUAUGUGUGGGGGUACGAGGAACGCUUUCAAAGCGUCCUUGCAUUGUCACAUGCGGCUGCAGUGCUGCACUUUAGUAUUUGGUGGUUGCAAAAGCCGUCAUGUGCAGGACUUUUGUACUGAAGACAAUUGGACGUUUGUUGCGUUUUCUUUGGGCCUGCCAACGCCAGGGUUCAAAAGCGGAUUGCGCAUAUGGAGGAUGAGAGGUUGGGGCCCUCUGUUGAACACGAC